AUGGGUUGUUUCUCCUGCUCCGGGAAACCCAGAGAAAAACAGAAGCACAGAGUGGAUGAUCGGAUCAACGCAUUGCCGGGUAUUCGAACAUAUAUCUUCCCUUUCCGGAUUAAUAUACGUUUGCUUGGUCUAUUAGAGGAGUCGAUCGAUCAAUUCUGCACCCUUUUCUCCGAAAAAAGAUGUGAGAAUUUAUCGCUGCGACCUCUUCCGUGUAUCCUCCGUAAUCUCCCGGAUCUUUGUGGAUUAGGGUUCCUCAUUCGCACUCCUCCUUUUCAAAUUUGCGGUCGGAUUUGUUAUGGAAACGCAAUGGCGGCGGGAAGGAAUCACUGGGCGCAUUCUUUUCUUCUUUUUUUUUUCCUUCUUGAUAGGUUUUCCUCAAUCGUAAUUAGAACUACGAACAUUUGAUGGAGCUCUCUUGUCGUAUGAUUAGAGUUUCUAGAGGCCGCGGGUUCAAAAAGUAGUCGAUAGGAUUUGAUAGUAUUUGUCUGAUCAUUAAUUAUCGCUCCCUCCGUCUCCGUAGAUGUAGAUUGUGCGUGAAUAGUCAGAUGCGCAUUCGAGAAAACGGAAUUGCGAAGGCCUCAACAUGCUCUAAUUAACAAAUUAAUUAACUUAGUUUAAUUGUACAAUAUUGUCUGCAAAAUUCCAAUUCCAAGGCGUCCUGUAGUUAUUUCUUGGGCAUUUCACACCAAUUCUUCACAUUUUGGUCGAUUAGUCAACGAGCAUUUCAUCUGAAUUCCUAAUUCUGAGGGUGGAUCCUCUCUGUUCAUAGUGGGAAUCUUUUAUUUUCUCGGAUGGCAAUUAAUUCCUGAAAUUAUUUAUUUCGUUUUACAUAGGAGCAACAAAGUCUGAUGAAACAUUGAAUGUGCUGAAAGAGAGCUCACUAGAUGGGAAGGAGAUCCCGAAGAAUGGGCUGGAUCAUAUCUCUGCCCAGACAUUUUCAUUCCGUGAACUGGCUGCCGCCACCAAGAACUUCAGAGUGGAUUGUCUUCUGGGGGAAGGAGGAUUUGGUAGAGUUUACAAAGGAAGACUGGAGAAUACUAAUCAGGUCAGAAAAAAAGUUUAAUCUUGUUUGAAAUACUUGCGGUUCUUGGGUCAAACAAUAGUGUGUUUUCAAGGUUUCUUUCUUCUUCUCAAACUCAGACUAAUGGAUCAGAGGUGCCCUCUCUCUACAUUGCUGUCCUCAGGCAUCCUAAGUACGUUACUGGUGAUCCUAUGAGACAGGCCAUGGUCGCUUCAUUUGAAUGUUCGAAGUAUAUGGUUCUCGCAAUAUCAACCAAAGUUCCCUUUUUCCUCUCAACUUCCCUAUUUUUUGUAAAGGGAAGUUCCAAAUUCUGCAAGACAGCCAUGAAAUCCUAAAAUUUUGAUUUCUUUUCCAUAAUCACUUGAUAUCAUUCCCCAUUACUUGCAUUGCCUUCGUUUCUCGUGACUUUUAGAGGUUUAUUUCAAAUUUUUUUAUACACGCCACCUGAGAGAAAAACCCAACCGCCCCAAGGUGUUCAACAGGGGCACUAUUUUUUUUUUCUCUCUCUCAAGCUGGUGAUUAAUAUGCAUCUCUUAUUUACUCGUGAAGUUUAUUCUUUUUACUCUUCUAAACCGUUUGUGUGUGUGUUGGUGUGAUCUCACCAGAAUGCUAUGUGUUCAUGUAGAUUGUGGCCAUUAAGCAGCUAGAUCACAGUGGAUUGCAAGGAAACAGAGAAUUUCUUGUUGAGGUUCUCAUGUUGAGCCUACUUCACCAUCCCAAUCUGGUGAAUCUGAUCGGGUAUUGCGCUGAGGGAGAUCAAAGGCUCUUGGUCUACGAAUACAUGCCAUUAGGCUCCUUGCAGGACCAUCUCCAUGGUAGUAUAUAUGCAUCACUGCUCCACUCACGUCGAUUCUUCCUUUUGAUUUUUUUAUUAUAAAAUAUUCAUGACUCGAUAAUUCCCUUCCACUACAUAUUUAUUACUCCUCACAGUCGAGUAUUUAUAUUGAUAUAUUUUAUAAAAUGUGCAUAAUAAUGCUCUCUUGAUUUUUGCAUUAUUAUUCCCUUAUAAUGUUAUUUUUCUAAGUGUUCCCAAUCUUUUGUUUUCUAAAAAAAAUAUUUAAAAAUGCCUGCUGGGAAGGCCUCAUUGUCGAUUAUUCAUGUGGAAUUUUUUUUCUGUAAUAUAUUCGUUUAAAAUAUUAAUUUUCUAUAAUCUUAUCAAUAAUAAUACCCCGGAUUUUAUUUUAUUUUAUUUUUUCUCUCGGAGUGUUUACAGUAACCCGCCUUCUUCCCCACUGUGCCUGCCGCACGCAGAUCUGCCCCCAGAGAAGAAGCGGCUCGACUGGAACACCAGGAUGAAGAUCGCCGCCGGCGCCGCCAAGGGCUUGGAGUACCUCCACGACAUGGCCAACCCCCCCGUCAUCUACCGCGAUCUCAAGUGCUCCAACAUCCUACUCGGCGAUGGCUUCUUCCCCAAGCUCUCAGACUUCGGGCUGGCCAAGCUCGGCCCCGUUGGGGACAAGACCCACGUCUCCACCAGGGUCAUGGGCACCUACGGCUACUGCGCCCCCGAGUACGCCAUGACCGGGCAGCUCACCCUCAGAUCCGACAUCUACUCCUUCGGCGUCUUCCUUCUCGAGCUCAUCACCGGCCGCAAGGCCAUCGACAACUCCAGGUCCGCCGGCGAGCACAACCUCGUCGCCUGGGUCUGCCCCAUCCUCCUUCCUUCCUUCUGAUCCUGAUUUUCACUUCCUUCUUCUUCUUCUUCUUCUGAUUGUGAUUGUGAUUGUGAUAUUUUUGGGUGGGUGCAGGCAAGGCCGAUGUUCAGGGAGAGGAGCAAGUUCGCUCAGAUGGCGGACCCGGGGUUGCAGGGGAAGUAUCCAUCGAGGGGGCUCUACCAGGCGCUCGCCGUCGCCGCCAUGUGCGUGCACGAGCAGCCAACGAUGAGGCCGCUCAUCGCCGACGUCGUCACCGCCCUCGCCUACCUCGCGUCGCAGAGGUACGACCCGACGGCGCUGCCGCAGCGGAGCCCCCGGGCAGCGGCGGCGGCUCCGGGUACCCCCCCUCGACCUCUCCCAAGGAUUGAUUGA